AAAUUUAUUUUAUUUCUUUAUCGUGAAAUCUCUAUUCUCUCAGCUAGCCCCUAUUUUAUUUUCCUCUUCUUUCAAAUCCCUAAAAUUCCACUCAAAUCUCUCUUUUUUUUUUUCCGUAUCCCCAAUUAUCAAACCCUAAAAUAUCUUCAACUCGAUCUCAAACCCUAAAUAUUUGUCAGCCUCACUGUCUUUCUCUCUCUAUAUCUCACUUCAUCACUUUGAAUCUCGUUUCCUUAAAUCGUGAAAUCAAAAUCAAUCCGCUGCUGUGUAGUCUGCAAAUCGAAGUUUGUUCGGGGUUACAGCCAAUUCAUGUUGGUGUUCAGCGAGGGACUUCGUUGCUUUGAGGGUUUAAUACUGGUAAUUGAUUCGGGGUUCUGGGUUAUCUUGGAAUUUGAAUUUUAUGAUGUAUUUGCUGAUUUUUUUUUGCAGUUUUAAGUUUUUUGAAGUUCAAGUUUGUACUGGGUUUCUUGCUAUUUGGUUUGUUAGUAGACAAGUUGAAGUGUUGGAUCUACUUGGAUCUCGAAACCCGAUAAGUGUUCUUUUGUCGAGUCAGUAUUGUGGUGUAUGUACCGUUUUGAAUUUAAAGUUAUUCAACCUGUAGAUAGUCAGGGUUUAUUUUUAUUGAAGAACUACAAAGUUAGAUGUUCUUAGAAUUUAAUUGGCCCUUGUUUUUGUUGCUAAUUGAAUGGAUAAAGCGAAUUAAAGAAAGGUUGUAUCUUUUGUUCUACUGUUUUACAUUCUUGGAAUAAUGAAUCUGUGAAUUUAUUGAAACAUUAUGGUGAAACGGUGUUAUGUUACCCAGUUCAGUCUAUUAAUUUGUUUGUUUAUGGCUUAAACAUUAUAAAUUGUUUAGGUAAAUAUUAUUAUUUUAAGACUGCAAGGAAAUUUGAGAGGAUAAAUGUCCUCCAUGGUUAAUGUGCAUGCAGAAUUUGGUGAUUAUACCUAGAUUUACUGUGCACUGGGUAUCAGGACCUUAAAUAAAGUUAUGGCUAAGAUGAUGGGGGAGAGUGAUAGGUUCUCAGAAGGGUAUUACAGGAAUAAUACAUUUCAGACUGCUGGUGAAUCUGAGGGGUCUGGUAGCUCAGGACGGAUUGACACAGAGAUUACUCCUUCAGAGGAUUCAAGUGCCCCAACUAGGAAGUGCAUUAAUAUAAAUUCUGCCAACCAAGAUGCUUUUGGUGUUCCCAUGCAAAUUCUUGCUCUUUCAAAGAUAUCACCACCUGAAAGGAAGGACCUACUAAAAAGGUUGAGAAUUGAACUUGAACAGAUACGGAUUGUUAUAAAGAAAGUAGAGUUGCAAAGAACAAAUGGGAUUGCAGUAUCUUCCUCUAGUGAUAUUCUUAGUUGUAGUAAUGGUCAAAGUGGGCCUCAAGUUGAGAAGUUAAGAAAAUCCUCAGUGAUGACGAGUGGGCCAGGUAAGAAAAUGAAUAAUGUCGGUAGUAAAGGACAUGGAUGGAACCAUGGUACUGCAGGAAAGACAGAGUCUGCAAAAAUACAGCCUCUGUUAGCGAGCACUGCAAAUAUACUUUUGAUGAAACAGUGUGAAACUCUGUUGAAACGGUUAAUGUCUCAUCAGUAUGGCUGGGUUUUCAACAAACCUGUUGAUGUGGUGAAGUUGAACAUUCCAGAUUACUUUACUGUUAUUAAGCAUCCAAUGGAUUUAGGAACAAUAAAAGGAAAGAUAGCUUCAAGUGCAUACUCCAGUCCAUCGGAAUUUCUUGCUGAUGUAAGGCUGACGUUUAGUAAUGCAAUGACCUAUAAUCCUCCUGGGAAUGAUGUCCAUAUUAUGGCUGACACGCUGCGCAAAUUUUUUGAAGCGAGGUGGAAAGCUAUUGAGAAAAAAUUACCAGCACCCGAGGCCCAAUUAUUGCCCAGAAAGAAAGGCCCCUAUGUUGAUGUAGGGACUGUUAAGGCAAUGCCUACUGCUAAAAAGAGAAAAAUAGAAACAUUGCACUAUGAAAUUGUACCGGAGCCUGUUAAGCCAGUAAUGACUGCUGUGGAGAAACAGAAUCUAGGGAAAGAACUAGAGUCUAUGCUGGGAGAAAUGCCUAUGCAUAUCAUUGAUUUCUUGAGGGAACAUAGUUCUGAUGGAGGAGGAACUGGAGAGGACGAAAUUGAGAUUGAUAUAGAUGAGCUCAGUGAUGAUACCUUGUUCACGUUAAGGAAGCUUUUAGAUGAUUUUAUGGAAGAGAAACAAAAGAACCUGGCAAGAGCUGAACCCUGUGAAAUAGAGUUGUUGAAUGAAUCAGGACUAAGCAAUUCAUCCAUGCAACAAUGCAAAGAAGAUGACCCCGCUAAUGAGGAUAUUGAUAUUGGUGGAAAUGAGCCUCCUGUCUCAAGCUAUCCUCCAGUGGAGAUUGAAAAGGAUACAGGAAUUAGAAGUAGUAAAUGUGUCAGUUCAGACAGCUCCAGUGAUUCAGACUCUAGCAGCUCUACUGAAAGUGAAUCUAGUGGUGUUAAAGCGUCAACUCCCAUCAAUGUCUCAAAAGUACAAGAAGCCUUGAGUUCUGGAGCUCAAUUAGAUGAGAAGACAAGUACUGGCAACCCCUUUGAUGGAAAUCAAUCUGUUAGCGAAUUGGAUCAGGGUGAACAUACUUCCCAGCAAAAACCGAGCUCUGUUGAGUCAGAUUAUUGUCAAGAUGGUGAUAGUGCUCGCAGUGAGAGGCAGGUCUCUCCUGGAAAACUUUAUCGGGCUGCUUUAUUAAAGAAUAGAUUUGCAGAUACCAUUUUAAAAGCUCGGGAAAAAACUCUUUCACAGGGUGACAAAGGGGACCCUGAGAAAUUGCGUAAGGAGAGAGAGGAACUUGAACUACAGCGACGGAAAGAAAAGGUUCGAUUGCAAGCAGAAGCAAAUGCUGCUGAAGAGGCUAGAAGGCAAGCUGAAGAAGAAGCUGCAGCUGAGGCUAAACGAAAGAGAGAGGUUGAGAGAGAAGCUGCACGACAGGCAUUGCUGAAGAUGGAGAAGACGGUUGAAAUUAAUGAGAAUUCUCGUUUCCUCGAAGACUUAGAAAUGCUUAGGACUGCCCCUGCCGAACAUUUACCAAGCUCUGUUGAUGAGACUAGCCCUGACCACUCUCAGGAUGGCUUGGGUAGUUUCAAGUUCAGAGGCAGCAAUCCAUUGGAACAACUUGGUUUAUACAUGAAAGACGAUGAUGAAGAGGAAGAAGCGGAACCGCCAAUUGUUCCAAAUCCUCUCAAGGACAUCGAGGAAGGAGAGAUUGACUAGGUGAACUAUUUUUUUUUUUUUUUUAAUCAUACAUGAACAAGUCAAUGAAGCAAGAAAUAGAUAUACUUUUACCAUCAAAAGGAAAGAAAUGAAGAGAUAUCGAUCUUUUGCUUAA